CAAGCCCCAAACACAGCAAGCUCUCCUCCCCCUACAGAUGGUCCUCAAGGGUUGUAAUAUACGUAGAAGCACUAUGUUAUAUUGCGCCAGAACUGUUGGGUACCUUGCAAGUCUCAUCUUGUCGUCGACUGCUCCAUCAUAACCUUGCAAACCCCUCAACAACCAUCGAUGACCAGCUAGGAUCGACCGCCAAUCGAAACUUUACCACAUUAUCGUCUACACACUGCCUCCUCUUUCUAUUUGGCGCCAGCAUGGAAGCAAUUAAGGAGAAACUGGUGCCACUGGCGCAGAAGGGGAACUUGGAGAAGACAAUAGAGGACGUUCAGGCCGCGAUUGACAUCCUCGUGAAAGCAAGAGACAAAAUACAACAUGAUAACGCUACAGCGGGCCUUACCAUGGCGAAUCUUAAGAAGCCUAUCAAAGAAUCGUUUGACAAAGCCAAUAGCGACCUGAAUGAUGCAUACGCUGUCCAGACCAAGUACUCCAAAGCUUUAGAUAAGAAAUUCAAAUCUCUCCCCGCCUUCACACCUGAAGAUGAUGCCCUCUCCAAUCAGCACUUCCUCAUAAAUCGUGCAAUCGCCAUGCACCUCCUCCGUGAAGGUCAAUUCGGCGUUGCCUCGACAUUUCUCGACGAGGCAAACAGAAACCCGCCUGCCACAGCCGAUGAAGGAGCCUCCAAGCAGCCAUGGGAGUUCAAGUCCGAUUCAUUGCAGAAGCAAUUCUCGGAGAUGUACAGCAUUCUCCACGCGUUGCGGCAGGAGCGGAACCUGACGCCGGCUAUUCAAUGGGCUGGAAAACACAGCGAUGAGCUAGAGAAGAGGGGGAGCAACCUUGAAUUUGAGCUCUUUCGACUCGAGUUUGCUCGUGUAUUUGCCGGAGAAGACACCGAGGAUCCGAACGCAAAGGCUUCUGGGCCGUUCCGUGCCCUGGCAUAUGCUAGAAACAAGGCAAUUCCGUUCCAGAAGCGGUAUGAAGCUGAAAUAUGCCAGUUGAGUGGAGCUGCCGCGUUCUGGGAGAAUAUCAGAGAGUCUCCAUAUGGUCAUAUAUUCGGCAAUGCCAGUGCUUGGGACGAGGUGGCGACUAGCUUCACAAGGGAAUUCUGCUCAUUACUGGGCUUGAGUGCCGACAGUCCCUUGUAUGUGGCUGUCACAGCAGGCGCGAUCGCCCUGCCAGUAUUGAACAAAGCGAAGACGCUCAUGAAGGCGAAUCGGACUGAGUGGACGACUGCACAGGAACUACCGAUCGAGAUACCCCUUCCACCAGCCUACCACUUCCAUUCCAUUUUUGUGUGUCCUGUCAGCAAGGAACAAGCCACAGACUCCAACCCACCAAUGCGAAUGCCAUGUGGACACGUCAUAUGCCGAGAUUCUCUAGAGAGGAUAAGCAAAGGCACCAGAUUCAAAUGUCCUUAUUGUCCCGCAGAGUCAUCACCUAGUCAGGCGAAGAAGGUUUUCUUGUAGAGGCUUUCGAGCGUGGUUUUUACGAUCAAGUCACGAUUCCCAACACAGUAGCAUAUGAGAGGAGUGUAUGGAGUUCCUUAGUACCAUUAUUCCUGCAACGUCCGACAUAACCUGCGAUGAUAUCACCCGGCUAGUCCAGUGAGUCAAUUAGGAUACCAAAAGACACCAUGAGUCAAUGAUGUUCUCACGAAUAGUCAUCCCUUCUCAGCCCUUUAUUUUCCUGUCCCUAUUCGGUCUUGUCACACUUGGGUUCCGUAUCUUCUAGACCUCAUAUGCCCUGUCUUGAAGUAGAUGUACCUGACAAUGUCCGGCGAUGGUGUAUAUGUACCACCUGCAGAGAUACCAUACUCUCCACGGUCCAGUGGUUGUGGAUCUUCAUCGGGAAGCACAAAACCCCCACGAUAGGUGUAUUUGAAAAUCGUAAGAAUCAACCCAUCCUUCACAAGAUGGUCG